AUGAUCAGCGGACGGCUACAACUCGUGCUACUUCUCGCCUUUGUUGGCAGUGCCUUGGCAGCCACCACGACCAAGAAGCCAGUACCUCUAUGCGGGAAAUGCAUGCCAGCAAAGGUAACACUGAUUCCUGCUAGUGGAGCGGGAACUGUCAAACCAACUAUCAAAAUGUUGACGAACACAGCUGCAGGAUGUAGAAGAAUGCAUGUUAUCUGUACCGCACCUGCCGGUGGUACAAUUGCCUCAAUGGAGUUCAACAGACUAUUUGGUGGAGGAUAUGAAGCGAAAACAGUGACUGCACUGUUGAAGUGUAAUGCGAAACAGAACUGGAUCUACACAAAAGAUAAAGUGGCAAAAGCAAUAACUUCUGUUGGAUGCAUGUAUGUCUAG